AGUGUAUAUAUAUAAUGCAAGGGAAAUACCCUAUCUUCUCCCCUUUUUUUUCUUAACUUAAACUUAAUCAUGUCCACCACUAAAGAACUGAAACCUGUUACUGCUGUCAAUCAACAUGCUCAUCCUCUCGAUCAAUUGAGUGCGGAUGAAAUUGUUCAAGUAGCCACCAUUGCUCGUCAAGCCAAAUCCGACAUGGACUUUGUCUUCAACACCAUUACGCUAAAGGAACCCAAGAAAUCUGUCAUGCUUUCUUAUCUCGGCUGGGACACUUCCAAACCUCGCAUUACACAUGUUGAACGUGAAGCACUUGUGGUUGCCUUGGAGAAAGUGACCAUGAAAUGUUACGAAGGUGUUGUUUCCUUGGACGCUGGUCAACUCAAAUCAUGGAAAUACAUUCCUGAUGUACAACCCAUCUUGACCAUGGAUGAAAUGUUUGAAGUCGAAGCAUUGGUGAUCAAGGAUGAAAAAGUGCGUCAAGAGUGUCUUGAACUGGGUAUUACGGAUAUGUCGUCUGUCUUUUCGGAUCCAUGGGCUAUUGCCCGUCAUGUUACUCAUCCGGGUCGUGAAAAGCGUUUAAUGCAAGCUUUGAUGUACAUGCGUACUUGUGAAGAAGACAAUCAGUAUGCUCAUCCUUUGGAUUUUGUUCCCAUUGUUGAUCUUGGUCAAAUGAAAGUCAUUGCUAUUGAACGUAUCAAACCCAGAAGUACUAAAUUUACUCGUCCUACCAUUCCUCAAGAAAAGCAUAACUUUUUACCUGAAUUCAUUGGCGAACAAAACUACCGUAAAGACGUAAAACCCAUCAUCAUUCAACAACCUCAAGGUGUCUCGUUUACUGUCAAGGGUAAUGAAAUUGACUGGCAAAAAUGGAACAUGCGUAUCUCGAUGAACUAUCGUGAAGGCCUUGUGAUUCAUAAUGUGAGUUAUCAAGAUGGUCCUGAAAAGCGUCCUUUGUUCUAUCGUAUCUCUUUAUCUGAAAUGGUCGUACCUUAUGCUGAAACAAACACACCUCAUCACCGCAAGCACGCUUUUGAUGUGGGGGAAUAUGGUAUGGGUCUUUGUACAAACAGCUUAUUGCUUGGUUGUGAUUGUCUGGGUUCGAUUUAUUACUUUGAUGCUACUUUUAAUGAUCAUGCUGGCAAGCCCUUUGAGAUUCCUAAUGCUAUCUGUAUGCAUGAAGAAGAUUAUGGUGUGCUCAUGAAACAUACGGAUUAUCGUAAUAACCGUGCUCACACCAUUCGUUCUCGAAGAUUGGUGAUUUCUCAAUUUGUUACAGUUGCCAAUUACGAUUAUGGUCUUUACUAUUACUUUUACCAAGACGGUACUUUUGAAUACGAAGUCAAGGCUACGGGUGAGCUCAACACACACGUCUUGGCUGAAGAUGAAUCUCCUGAAGGCAUGGGUACCAUCGUCGCUCCUCAAAUCAAUGCUCAAUACCACCAACACUUCUUUACGAUGCGUAUUGAUCCUAUGAUUGACGGUCAGAAUAACUCGGUCCAAAAAGUAGAUACUACACAAUACAGCACACUCAAGAACACAAAAGAAGGUCAACAGAUGGCCAACUGGGAAUCCUCUCGCUUCUUCAAGAUCAUCAAUCAAGACCGUAUUCAUCCUUAUAGCAAGACACCCGUUGGUUGGAAGAUUACUUCCGGUCAUACUUGUCCCUUUUAUGCUCAAGAUGAUUCACUGGUCGCUCAACGCGCUGGUUUCGCCAAAAAGACAUUAUGGGUGACACCUUAUGAUGAAGAUCAAAUGUUUGCUGGUGGCUUUUAUUGUAACCAAUCUGCAGGCGACAACACGGUUGAAGUCUGGGCAAAUCGUGAAGUCAAGAACAUUGAACAAACAGAUAUUGUUUUGUGGUAUACGUUUGGUAUCACGCAUUUGCCUCGUGUGGAAGAUUUCCCAUUGAUGCCUGUGGAAUACUGUGGAUUUACCAUGAAGCCCUGUAACUUCUUUAUUGCUAACCCUGCACUUGAUGUUCCCCCUACCAACAAAAAGAUCAACCAAUCUGUGAAUGCUAAAGACACUACAAACUCAAGUACUUGUUGUACAACCAAACUUUAAAUUGUUUAUAUUUGUAUUAUAGAAUAAUAAUAAUAAAAAAGCUUUAAUUGCCAAUGACA